ACAAAUGGAAACCAUGGGUGAUUGUAGCUGUACCGGUUGCUGGAACAGGGCUAAUCUUAUGCCUCUAUCUUUGUUUCUCAAGCAAGAAAAAGCUCAAACGCAGAGGAGAGGAGGCAGCUUCAAGCAAUGAUCUAAUGCUAUUUGAUCUUAGUACUGAAACUCAUGCAAUCAUUGAUGCAACAAACACUAAAGAUAAUGAUAAGAAAAGAGGAAAGAAGGAUGUUGAGUUACCGUUGUUCAGUUAUGAGAGCGUAUCAUCUGCAACUGAUAAUUUCUCAACUGCAAAUAAGCUUGGAGAAGGAGGUUUUGGACCAGUCUACAAGGGGAAGUUACUUAAGGGGCAGAAAAUUGCAGUGAAAAUGCUUUCAAAAAGAACUGGACAGGGGCUCGAGGAGUUUAGAAAUGAGACAACACUAAUUGCAAAACUUCAACACAGAAAUCUUGUCAAACUCUUGGGUUGCUGUAUUGAAGGAAAUGAGAAAAUACUAAUAUACGAGUACAUGCCCAAUAAAAGUUUGGAUUUCUACCUUUUUGAUCCAACUAAGAAACAAAUGUUAGAUUGGGGGACACGCGUUCACAUUAUUGAAGGGAUUGCUCAAGGACUUCUCUAUCUUCAUCAGUAUUCAAGGUUAAGAAUUAUACAUAGAGAUUUGAAACCCAGUAACAUUCUCUUGGAUAGUGAAAUGAACCCGAAAAUAUCUGAUUUUGGCAUGGCUCGAAUAGUUGGAGAUAAUGAAAUACAAGCAAACACAAAUCGGAUUGUUGGAACUAUCGGCUACAUGUCUCCCGAAUAUGUCACGAUGGGUCUGUAUUCGAUAAAGUCUGAUGUGUUUAGCUUUGGAGUAUUGCUACUCGAGAUUGUGAGUGGGAAGAAGAACACAAGCUUUUAUAACUUCGAGUCACUCAAUCUUGUUAGAUAUGCUUGGGAAUUAUGGAGAGACGGUCGAAGUGUGGAGCUGAUGGAUUCAACGAUAGGGUGUUCAUCUUCCACUUCUACCCCGGUGAGAUACAUUAACAUCGGCCUACUUUGCGUUCAAGAAAGUCCAGCUGAUCGACCUGACAUGCGUGAUGUAGUCUCGAUGAUCAGUAAUGAACAUUCACCUCUGCCGACACCCAAGCAACCAGCUUUUACAGCAAUUAAGUCUGCAGAAGAAAAUUGUUCAAUAAACAGUGCAACUUUUUCGAUAAUGGAGGCUCGACAUCAUUAUUCUUCUUUCUUUUAUUUUGCUGCAAUUACUCACUCUCUGCGAGGAAUGGUUACGAAUAUUGCCAAGUCAUGGCAUUUCUUUGUUCUGCUUCUAACCCUUUCCUACUGCAAAGCAUGUUUCUCCCUUGUGGGUGAUACAAUUUCAGCGGGUCGGGUUCUUACAGUGAACGACAGGCUGGAAUCUCAAGGUGGGAUAUUUGAACUCGGUUUCAACAGACUACCCUCUUCUUCUUCAAGAAUCUACCUCUGCAUAUGGUAUAAAAACUUUGAUGCAAAAGACAUUGUCUGGGUGGCAAAUAGAGAGAACCCACUGUCUGACCCAUCUUCCUUAAAACUCAAACUCUCGGAAGAUGGCAAUCUGGUCCUGCUCGGAGAUUCCUCCAAGAUACCAUUUUGGUCCACAAAGCUGUCUUCUCCACUGUCAAAAUCAACUGAAGCAGUACUUCGCGAUGACGGAAAUCUUGUUUUAAGAGAUAACUCGAGCCUGAAUACUAUAUUUUGGGAGAGUUUCGACCAUCCAACCGAUACAUGGCUGCCAGGCGCAAAGCUUGGUAUCGAUAAGGUUACUGGAAAAUCGAAGCAGAUUAUUUCUUGGAAGAGUUUGGAAGAUCCUGCACCGGGUAUGUUCUCGUUUGGAUUAGACCCAAAUGGAAGCAUGAGUCAAUUUAUCUUACGGUGGAACAGAACCCAAAUAUAUUGGAGAACUGGAGAUUGGACUGGAAAAUCUUUCAGCUUAGCUCCUGAUAUGUGGAUGAAUGAUGUCAGCAACUACAAUUUUGUAUCCAGCGAAAAGGAACAAUAUUUUAUAUUUUCUGUUAAAAAUACUUCCAGGUUUAGAUUUUACAUUACGCCUUCAGGACAGAUCCAGCAAAUGGCGCGGAAUCCUAGCCCUUGGGCUUGGGCUAUAUUUUGGUCUCAACCGGCAAAUCCAUGUGGUGUCUAUGCUUCGUGUGGUGCAUUUGGCGUGUGUACUAAAUAUGGGAAUUGUGAAUGUCUAAAAGGCUUUGAACCAUCUUCGAUUGAAGACGCCAAUCUGAAAGAUUGGUCAGGAGUUUGUGUGAGGAAAUUGCCUUUGCAAUGUGAGAACAGUAAGCCUGCUAAUGGCAAAAGUGAUUCAUUCCUGGAAAUGUCAAACAUGGGAUUGCCAGUCAAUCCCAUAACGUAUUUGUCAGGGAGUGCUAGGAUAUGUGAAAAGUCUUGCAUGGAAAAAUGCUCUUGCACAGCAUAUGCUUAUAAUAUCAACACGUGUAUGAUAUGGGAAGGAGCUCUUUUGAACAUAACGCAACUUCCAGAUGGUGAUCCGGUUGGAAAAGUCAUCCAUCUCAGACUUGCUGGCGAUGAGCAUCAAAUUAGAACCAAAGGAAACAAAUGGAGAGUACGAGUAAUUAUAGGUGUUCUGGUCCCUGCAGCAGUGGUUAUCUUAUGUCUCUGUAUUUGUUUUUCAAGGGGAAAGCUCAAACGCAAAGGAGAGCAGGCUUCAAGCAAUGAUAUACGGUGUUUUGAUUUUAAUACGGAAUUUCAUGCAAUGAGUGAUGAACCGAUCACUGAAGAUAAUCUGAAGAGAAGAGGGAAGAAGGAUGCUGAGUUACCACUAUUCAGUUACAAGAGUGUAUUAGCCGCAACCAAUAAUUUCUCGAUUGCGAACAAGCUCGGGGAAGGAGGUUUUGGACCUGUCUACAAGGGGAAGUUAUUCAGAGGGCAAGAAAUUGCAGUGAAAAUGCUUUCAAAAAAUUCAGGACAAGGACUUGAGGAGUUCAGGAAUGAGACGAUACUAAUUGCAAAACUCCAGCAUAGAAAUCUUGUCAGAGUCUUGGGUUGCUGUAUCGAGCAAGAUGAGAAAAUAUUAAUAUACGAGUACAUGCCCAAUAAAAGCUUGGAUUUCUACCUUUUUGAUCCGACCAAGAAAAAGAUGUUAAAUUGGGAGACACGCAUACACAUUAUUGAAGGCAUUGCUCAGGGGCUUCUUUAUCUUCAUCAACAUUCAAGAUUACGAGUCAUACAUAGAGAUCUCAAACCCAGUAACAUUCUCUUGGAUAGUAGAAUGAACCCGAAAAUAUCAGAUUUUGGCAUGGCUCGAAUAGUAGGAGACAAUCAAACACACGCUAACACGAGGAGAAUUGUUGGGACUUAUGGUUAUAUGUCUCCUGAAUAUGCAAUGGAGGGUCUCUACUCGAUAAAGUCUGAUGUGUUUAGCUUUGGAGUAUUGCUACUAGAAAUUGUGAGCGGCAAGAAGAAUACUGGCUUCUAUAACAGCGAGUCACUCAAUCUUCUUAAUUAUGUUUGGGAGUUGUGGACGACCGAUCAGAGUUUGGACUUGAUGGAUUUGAUUAUAGGGUAUCCUCCUUCCAUUUCUAUUCUGUUGAGACUCAUUCACAUCGGGCUUCUUUGUGUCCAAGAAAGUCCGACUGAUCGACCCGCCAUGCUCGAUGUAGUCUCAAUGAUCAGCAAUGAACAUGCACCUCUGCCCACACCUAAAAAACCUGCUUUUAUCAGAGGCCGGACUGCAAUGGAUAGAAAUUCUGCAGUCAACAUGAGUGCAGGAGUAAACAACCUUUUAACUAUUUCAAUCAUGGAACCUCGAUGAUUACAAAGUACCAUUUUACAACCUCCGCGAGUGAAAGAGUCUCUUCACCAUUUCAGCUGGUCAAAUUUUAGCUAAUAAGUCAACAUCUUUCGUACUUUAGAAACAUACUUUUCUAAAACACAAUAAUAUAUCUCACCGUCUUCCAUUUAAAUACUUCAUUUUUUUUUUCUCUC